AUAGGUUAUCUAUAUUAUUUCUAUCAUCUAUGACGUUUACGCUGAAGAAUAAUUAAUGUAUUUACACAACGCAAACGGUGAACAACUGAUUUCCUAUUGGCUGUUUAUCGUAGGCGAGGUCUGGGCGAGCUCGCCAAAGUAUAUCACGUGAUCCAGUUUCAGACAUGGCGGACGAAUUUGCUUGUUAUGGUAAGGGAGCUAGAUCAUAUAUAUCAUUUACACUUAUUGCAUGUAUAUCUAAUGUAUAAUAGAUAUGCAUACUAUAUAGUACAUAUAUAUAUAUGUAUUUAUGUAGAUAUACAUACUGUGUAUCUACCUCCUUGGUUAUGGUAACAAUUGGCAUUGCGUACACUUAACACUAACAGUAACAGUAACACUGUCAGUGUUGUAACCCAACCAGGCAGUGUGACUAACGUCAAUACACCGCCUGACAUCCAUCCAUUGAAAAAUCUUGUAGCUGUACAAAAACUACCGAACAAUUACGUAUAUCUCAAAUAAAAUAAUGAUCUAAGGAUUUCUGCCUUGUUCAGUAUUAAGUAUAACAUUCAUCUUAUAGUAUUCAAGCGUCGUUAUUAAAACUAAUACCUUAGUUAGCUAAGCUACCUACAAAUUUCAAGAGCCGAAGUAAACUUUCAAAUCAACUCGGACCGCCAUAGCUCCACUGCGCAUGCGUUGCGAUCGGUACGCGGAAAAUCCGAAACAAUUCUGAUAUAUGCACCACGUUGAACUUGAGGUGUCGCUGUAUACGCAAUCAUAAGCUGAUGACGUAGCGGUACCUUGAAAGCGCGCGAUUUACGAAAAUCAAGAUCACCUUUGACUCUGUGUGUGUGCGCGCGCUUUAGGAAUGUGUCAUUAAUCGGAGUAUUUGAACAUUAUUGAAGUAAAAUAAUUAGGUCAAAACAAACAUUAAGGCUGCAGCUGUCUAGUGAAGACAAGUUGUAAUUACAAUUGAAGAGUGCGUGUGUGGAAAUUUACACACACAUAGUAUAUAUAAUAUUAUAUUUACUAAAAAUACAAAAUCCACAUAAUACAGUGCAUUUAUAUUCGUAUAAAUAGGCAUAGUAAUAAUUCUGGUAACAAUCAAUUUUAAAAUAUGUAACAAAAUAUCUUUUUAAAUUAUGGCAACCUGUGUGGUUUGCGACUCUAUUUUUGAGCAAAAACUUAAAGGAUUCAAGCGGAUUUCUGUCUUAUCCAUUACCACUCCUAGAACGUUUGGCAAAGUGUUUCAGAAAUCACCCCAAAAAUUUUUUAUACCUGGAAAUUUCAUUUGCACCGCUUGUUUAUCAAAACUUAAAAUGGUAGCAAAACAUACGACGAAAUCGGGAAAGCGAAGAUGGCAGGAUAGAAAAACUCCAAUCAAACACACAGAGUCUGCUCCUGGUAGUUCGAGUUCGACACCAGCACAGCCUUCUAAACGGCAAGCUUCAUUCUCAACGCCAAAGUUGACUGAACCACCUCUACCAUCAUUUCACUCUCCGUCACCAGUUUUGCCAUCGUCAGCCUCAGAGAGCAACAGCGAGGCUCAGCUAAAUAAAACAUAUAUCCAAAAAGCGACUGAAUACUUCGAAUCAUUUCGAUAUCUAGCUGGAUUUGCCAUAUUAGCCCAUAACUCAAAGGCGGCAAAAAAGGCACUCAUCGAAACAGCAUGCACAAUAAUAAAGAAAGAGUUCAGGAUGGUACAACAGGAGCAAGGCCUAAUUCUGACUGAAAAGCUGUCACGUGAAACCCUGGCCAGGUUUUCGUGGUCGUCAGCAAUUAAUGAGUUGGCGCCGAUCAUGCCUGCAACAGUGGCAUGCUUUAAUGCCACAUUGCCAGUUGCAAGGCAGAUCAGAAGGCAGACUUCCAGAGGACGGAAAGGCUGCAAAAGGAACCUUCGACCACACGAGGUAAAGGCGGAGCAAGACAGGAGCCUUGGCCACAUGCUUGCAGUAGCACUGCACAAGAAGUCGCCUAAAAAAUUCAACUUCGUGCAGCAGAGUGUUGGUGUCGAGUUAUGGCGGCAGGGAGCUCCACACAAGGUCUUCCGGACACUCUGUCACAUGGGCAUCAGCCAAGGGGUUGGAGGUGCACGGAAUAACGUCGAUCGGUUGGGAGCAGAGCACGAUCAACAGCUCCUACUCUGGAAGCAGAAUUUAGAGGUAAGCAUAGAAGUUGUCGAUGCCAAUCCUUCGACGACGUCUGGCAUGGUCGCUGUGCUUGAGCACCUUCAGCAAUAUGUCGCUGUAAAAGAAGGCAAACCUGUUGAAAAUUUGGUUGGUGGAGAUGGCCUCUCUAUAGAGCGCAUAAUCCAUACACAGCAUGCGCGCAACAACGGUGAGAACUGGCAUCACCGCCUGGAUUCCAUGUGGGCAGCACCCCAGGAAUUCCAUAAGGAAAUUCUGCUUCUUCAGGACUCCAAUAACAGGUUUUUCGUUGGAGCAAGUAUAGCUGACAGAGGGACCAUUAGCCAGCUGAAAUCGGACUUCAACCAUCGAGCCCUUCGAAAGGAUGUGAUGUCCAACUUCCAGCAUGUAUGGGACAUGUAUGAAUUUACUACAGAUGGCUACGUGUUGCUCUGCGCUAUGCAGCUGCAAGAAACCACCAUGAAAAGCUUCCCUAGCCAGGGAACGAGUGAAGACCAACUAGAUUGGCUUCACCCAACCUGA